AGAGAGCCCCUUAUUAAUAUUCAGACUACACUCAGUGACUUGACACUACAGAACAGGCAUGGACGUCGUGCGUAUUUGACGCUUUUCUGACGAUUUCUGGGCGUUUUCAUGACCAACAGACUUCCACAAAUCAGCAGAAGCUUUGUGUAGACGAUACAACCAUGGCUAACCAGAUAACGUUAGCGCAGAUCUUUGACGAGGAGUUGUCUCAGGAUGACAUCCCUGUGCCUCCUGAGCUAGCCGCAGGAGACUGCCUGGUGUGUGGUGACAAGGCCUCGGGCUUUCACUAUGGAGUCUACAGCUGUGAGGGCUGCAAGGGUUUUUUCCGUCGCAGUGUGACGCGAGGUCACGUGAAGGCCUGUAGAUGGGGGAACCAGUGCAGUAUGGACCUGUACACCAGGAGGAGAUGUCCUGAGUGUCGACUCAGGUCAUGUAAGGCCGCCGGGAUGAGGCCUGAUUGUCUGCUGACCCAGGCUCAGUGUCGGUCAAAGUUGCUGUGGAGAAAACACAUAGCGCCAAAACCUGCAAAGUCCAAACCUGCGGCCCCGUCGAGCACCACGUGUAGCCAGGAAUCACCAACCAUGCCCAGCCCCGACCAGAGCGGCGUGCCUGAAGUUCCUUACAAAGACAAUCUCUUGCCACUGGCUGCUGCCAUGGAAACAGAGGUCCGCACAAGGAGCAGCUCCAUGUCUUCGUCAGACGAUGCUCUCAGACAGGUGUCCUCGCCCGAGAGCACGCAGUCUACAAUCGUUGGGGAGGCUACGACCUCCUCAGUGGAUUCAGCGGUGAUUAAAUCGGGGUCUCCCGGUAGCGUUGACGUAUUACCCUUCGUGGCUGUACUGGACGCUGAAGUAGAAGUGGGGUCGAGUAGCGCCACGUCACUCGACACCAUCACAGACGUUAAACCAAUCAUCGUACCGAAGACGGAGAACGAGACUGCGGUGCCUCCUGGAGAGUGUAAAAAAGCCGAGUUCGAGCACGAGUUUGCCCAGACCUUGCUGUCUCUCCACUCCGGUGUCGGCUCCUCCAAGGGGAAGCAGGCGGGUUCCAUCCCCAGCACUUGUUUCCCAGAGGACCUGUCGCAGGUUGCGCGGAUGGAGCACCUGUUUGUGCGGCCUGGUAUCAUACAGGAGUUGGAGAAGGGGCACCAGGUCCUGAUCCAGGCCAUCCUGGGGUACUGGAAGCAGAACAUCGAGCCGGAACGCAAACACGCCAUAGCAAUGUGGGAGGACACAGAAGCCUGUGAGACCCUGCAGGAGAAGCAGCUUCGGUACGUGGAACACGGGAACAAGUUUGUGGAGCGGUACAUCUCCUUCUGCCGCACACUGCACGGAUUCAACAAUCUACACGUCGAGGACCAGAUCAACGUGGUCAAGGGUUCCAUCUUUGAGAAUUUCAUCAUGCGUGGACCGGUCUUCUGUAAAGAAACGGGUUUGGACGUCAACAUUGCACAGCACCUCACAACGAUGAUGUACACGCAGGAGUUCACAGACCGAGUGAUGAAGUGGUGUGAGGGGAUGUGGAAGUUAAACGUAGACCCCAUCACUGUGCACCUGCUGUGCUGCUGUGUCAUCCUCUCUCCAGACCGUGCUAAUGUGAGAGGAGGAGAAAUCCUUGAGAAGGCGCAAGAGAAGUACAUCGAGUGUCUGCAGGCCUACUGUAAGGUGGCUUACCCCGACGAGCCGCUCAUGUUCCCUCGGCUCAUGGGCAAGCUGACGGAAGUACGGGAAAUCGGAGGGUCCUGUGAGAAACACCUGCGGCCGGAGUGUGCAAGCAUGAUCCAGGCACAGCCACUGGUCUCCGAAAUCUGGCAGAAAGACUAUGCCAUGAAUGAGCCAGUGCCAGUGUCGUCCAUUUUUGCGGAGGGAGGGUCGGGGCAGGAUGAGAAGAGUGAUGCAACACAACAAGACCUGACUACGGGAGACUGUCUGGUGUGUGGUGACAAGGCUUCAGGCUUUCACUACGGGGUCUACAGCUGUGAGGGCUGCAAGGGAUUUUUCCGUCGCAGUGUGACGCGAGGUCACGUGAAGGCCUGUAGAUGGGGGAACCAGUGCAGUAUGGACCUGUACACCAGGAGGAGAUGUCCUGAGUGUCGACUCAGGUCAUGUAAGGCCGCCGGGAUGAGGCCUGACUGUCUGCUCACCCAGGCGCAGCGCAGAUCAAAAACCCUGUGGCGGCAGCGGCAGGUGUCGAACCCCGCCAAACCCGAGUCUGCAGUGUCCUCGACCAAUCAGGAUCUAGCACCAGUACCCUCGCCUAAUCAGAGCGGAGUUCCCGACCAGCCGUGCCAGCUAGACCGACCGUCGGUCGAUGCUUCCGAAAUAGCGAGCCUGCUACGCUCUUCCCGUCCUACAACCGUUACGCGGUCUUCCCAGGAUGUGAUGAAGAAGUUAGACCCUGAUGACACACUGUCGCUUCAGCAGGGAGCGACACCAGUCCUCUGUGACUCUUCCUCCUCUUCAACGUUUUUCGACGAAGUCGUGUCCGUGUUCAUUGACGUCACGCAGGACAACAUCCAGUACUCCCGCUCCGAGUCCACGGGCAGCGAGGACAUGCUCUCCUUCUUCGCUCUCCUGGCGAACGGCUCGGAGCUUCUGACGGAGCCGAUUUCGCUGGACACCAUUCCUUCCGUGCCCCCAAGUCCAGCCAGCGCAGUCGAUGUCGACGUUACGGACGCCCCCGUACAGGAGGACAGCAGGACUGAACACGCCCAAACCCUUCUCUCCCUUCAAACCGGUGUGAACCUUGUCGCUCCCCCUCCUACCAAUAAUCUCUCAGCGUUGCUGAAAUCUACAGGGUCUUUGGCCAACCAGAAGCCAGCUUCCUCCAAUGAGAUGACUGAUGGCCAGGUUCCUCCGAUGAGAUGGAGUGUGGAUGACAGUUCGGGGGUGUCCAUAGUCCCUGCAAAGCCUGAUGUACCUACAGAUGAGGUACCUGCAGUAGCCCCAGGGACUAGCAGUGCCGGGUGUACCAUGUCCAAACUCUUCAUCAGACCACAUGUGAUGGAGCAGCUUUCUCCUGACCACCAGGCCAUCAUUUCUGACAUUCUAGCCUACCUCAAGGAGGCUACUGAGGUCGGCCGCAGGCAUACCUGGAAGCUGUACAAGGAGGCCCUGGCCUGUAAGACCCUGUAUGAGAAGCGUAUGUUGUGUGUGCAGAGCGGCACCGUCACAGUACAGAAGUACAUCGCCUUCAGCAAGUCUCUGCAAGGCUUCACCGACCUCCCUCUGGAAGACCAGGUGGCUGCUGUCAAGGGUUCUCUGUUCGAGUGCUUCGUCAUGCGAGUUCCGGUCUUCCUGAAGGAGUGUGGACUGGACAUCGGAGUCUUGGAACGGCUGGUAGCACCAGUUCACACGGCGGAGUUCAUGGCGGUGCUGAAGGCGUGGUAUGAGGGGAUGUGGAGGCUGAAUGUGGACUCCAUCACCGUACACCUGCUGCUGUGUGCUGUGGUGCUGUCUCCAGACCGUCCGAACAUCAGGUCGCGCGGUGUGCUGGAGAAGGCUCAGGAGCGGUACGUGGGGUGUCUGCAGGCGUACUGCCGCGUGGCGUACGCAGACCAGCCGGCCAUGUUCCCCCGCCUCCUCAGCAAGCUGACCGAGGUGCGCAGUGUGGGGCGAGCCUGUGAGAGGAGCCUGCUGACUGAGGUCGGACCCAUGGUGAAGGAAAACCCACUCGCCUCGGAAAUCUGCAGCGCAGAUUAGUCAUACUGUAAUUCACAAUUUUCUCACUGUACUUUUACGUUCUCGGUUUUCACUGUCACUAGGUCUGUACUGCAAACUUCUCAUUACCGGGAACAGAUAAUUUG